AUGAUAUCGCGUGGCUGCACGUGUCUAAGAAGGCCUUUGUCUGCCGCCUUAGAUACCAUCGCGGCUGGCCCCGAUGAACCACUGCUUUUCCUUUACCCCCGAUGGGCCGCGUCGGCCGUUCGACGAAGACGUCCAAUCUCAUCCUUGACCCGUGCUUCAGUCGCAUCGAAGAAUGGGAAGAAUGCUAGCUUUCCUCCCCAUGCAGAUGUCCGUUCAACCGCUUCAACAUUCGCACCGACCUGCCGGCACGCGAGCCGAUGGAUCUCCAACGAUACGAUCUCUACUCAGCUCGAUGGUGACUCCUAUGUCAAACUGCCCGGUGGUCACGCAGACGAUGUGAUUCAAGACAAUAAUGAAGGGAAGGACCCGGAAAAUGUUCUGGAUUCGCAAACUGCAAGCCAGUCCGUCUCGGCAUUGGAAGACCCAACGGCAUCCAGCACCACCAAGCUGAGUGGUGUCUGCGCCCGAGCGACAAAGAAACCAAAGGACCCAGCAUCAGAGGAGUCAGACUUGUGGCCGCUUACGCCGGGUUCGCGUAAUCGUGUCCCGAGGGGCCUGUGGGAAAGGAAUUUGUCGCCACGGAAUCGGAAGCAGGUUCGAUACGGUGAAUUCACCCUCGAAAGGCAAAAAAGCGAAGGAAAAUUAAUCACAAAUCCAAAAUCCUGGAUGGACUUGCGAGAUAUGUUGCUGAAGGCGCAGCGGCAGAGCAAAAACACCACUCGGAGGGGCACAAAAUAUAAAGAACUGUUCAUCCCCGAGGAAACCAUCGCCCUCCUGUCUGGAGCCACAACGCCAGGCAAAGCUAUGGAGGAGAACAUUUGGCAUCUUCCAGUUCGCCAUGGAUGCCUGGUACACGUUCUACCUCCCGAGAAGGGAAAUGGGCUUUGCCGCAAGGUUGUCUUAGUGGGCUCGGAAGGCACCCUUGAACUUGUUGAGGAUAGCAUUAAGCGGCAGCAAGAUCUGCAAGCCAGUGGGGACCCCCUUGUCGAAGUCCAAAAAGCGCCAGUGCCUAUCGUUGCUUCGAUACAAAAGCUACGGCAGCUAAAUCGUCCAGUGCCAUUGAUCCGUGGAACUUGGACGACGCCUUCGGACGACCAAGAGCCAGUCUACAUGAGUAUAUUGCUCGGAGGCGGUCCAUCAUUUGCGUCAGUCAAGGAAUUUGCGGACCAUGUUGAAGAUGUGGUCAAUUCGCAACCGCGGAACCCCUUCAAGGCGGCCAGGGAGGAUGAACGUAGUGACAUUCCCUAUGCCGGGCGGGCUGCGACUUACCUCUCGCGGUUGUUUUCCCGCGAUUCGAACCGCAAAUUUUUCUCCACUGCUGCUUUGAAUAGUGCGUUAAGAUAUCUCUACAAGUACGAACGUCUCAGUGUUGCUCGAACCGUGUUCAGCGAAGCAGAGCAUCUCGCGACGGUAGACUCAUAUAACAUUUUGCUGCAAUCUGCGGCCUUACGCCAGGACAGGCGAAUGUUCGAGUUCUUCUUGGAGGCAAUGGCUCAAAGGCGCAUUCGCCCCAACGCGGGAACUUGGUUGGCGUUGUUGCAGGGCAUGCUCACGCAAAAGACCAAGGCCAUGAUCAUCAAGGAUAUGGCCAAGAAGGGAUAUAUGAAAGAUAUCAACGCUAUUCGCAGUGCGCUUCAGUCGACAAUUUCGGAUUCCUUUUUUGUUCACCUGGAAAGCGGACGGGAUGUGCACAGCUUCUUCGAUCUCAUGAUCAAGACACAUGGAGCGGAUUGGUUCACUGCUUCGUUACUCAGCCAGAUGUUCAACGUGACUUCACGCCUGAAAAAUCGCGUUGCCAUGCAGGAGCUGCUCGAUAUCUGCAUUGAAUAUCAUCUUGACAUGAAUAGCGCUUGUCUCAUGCAAGUUCUGGAUAUGGUUGAGGAUGACAUCUUCACUGCCCUUGAAUACACGUUCAAGAUUAUGAAACGGCUCUCAUUCACACUUGAAGGCCAUGCUCUGGAAAAGCUUUUCUUCAUCGCCUACAAGGGCUGCCACUACAACAUUUGUCGCGUAUUGUGGCAUUACGCGUGUAUGGAGGAUGCUGGGACCCAUCACAUGCGAGCGGUCGUCCUGGAUUCUCUUGUUCGCAACGUGUCCUUGAGAACAUCCUCCGACGAUGUUAGAAAGAUCUGGCACGUCUGUGCUGGCAAGGUGAUUAUUCGCCGUAAUUCGCGAGCCAAAUUCAGGAUCAGCCAGGAACACCUCGACCAACUCCCUCCUGAAUUUCACCACAACCCUUUUCUCUACUUGGUAUCUGGCUACAAGGCCGGUCCUGAUCGAGCACUCCAACUUCAACUAGCCAAGGCCUAUAUGCACCGUGACAUUCUCACCGAGGCUUUUCCCAAAUACUCUCUGCCUCUGAUGUUGGAGGCCGCCGCUACUAUGGAUCAGGAGUGGGCAGGUAAACCCUGGCCUUUAGCAUGGAUGCUCCAGAAUUCCAUUGGAAUUCCGACCACGAGGAAGUUCGAAGGUUUACAAUGA